AUGCCAAACCCUCAAAAGAGAACCAGAGAAUUCAAGCCAAAGACCAAGACAUUUACAGGAUGUUGGACCUGCCGUGGUCGCAAGGUCAAAUGUGAUGCUAGCCGCCCUAAGUGCCUGCGAUGCAAGAAGUCCAAUCUCCCAUGUGAAGGCUAUGACUUGAAGUUGUACUGGGUUACCGAUGAGGAUACUGUUGCGCCUUCCGCUAUCAAGCGGCAGGCGAUGACAUUGGAGGGCCUUCGACUCUGGCCGUUUCAACUUGAUGAAGUUGACAAGCAGCUUGCGGAUAUCGACAGCUAUGAAGCUCAGAACCUGCCCUUCAUAUCGUUCAGAAGAGGCGGUUUCACCGUUUUCCCAACAAACCUCCAUCAACUGACAGACGCGACUCCUGAAUAUCCAGAUUCCAAUGUGGACUACUCCACGAUAGGCCCGUUCGCCAGCACAACUUCCGACAUCGACACGCUGGCUUCUCCUUCCAUCUUUGACGCUGAUAUCGACUCGGUUUCGGGUGUUCCAGACACUGAGGAUAUUACAACCAUUGCAAGAUCCUCUGUUGUGGCAUCCCCAACAGCAUUCUCUCUGAGCCUAGCCAUAUUCCAAGAUCCACUGAUUGAUCGACUGAUGAAAAACUAUGUAGAAAACAUUGCUAACGUCCUGCCGCCACUUCCUCAUCCAGAGAGCCCCUAUGCUUCCAUAUAUGUCCCGAACGCCAUGGUUGGAGCAGCAAAUCUGAUUUUUGGUUUCGGAGCUCCAGUCUCUGAUCUUCCCGCCAGUAAUGUUGCCGUCUUCUAUGCCUUACUGGCAAGCUCGGCAUUUCAGAUUCGAGGGCCGGAUUCGUCCGGGGAUUCCACCUUUGAUGUGAUAGCUCGAUCUUUUCGCGCCAAGGCCUUCGCAUCCCUACAAAAAGCUUUCAACGAGCCAGCCACUUCCACGGAGAAUCACACCCUCGCGAGCACGUCAGAAGUUGCCAUAUCCCAUUUUGAGACCAUCAUCUCGGCCAUGCUGGCGUUUCAAUCGAUGGAUGUCAUGGAGGGUUCGAUGAGCGAAUACUGGAUACACUUGGAAGGUGUUGCUCGGCUGGGGAAACAACUGCGGGCUGAAGGAAGAGCCUCUCCGCUUCUGGAUCGCCUCAUUACGAAUUCCUCAUUUCUCUCCACUCUUGCAAACACAACUUCCUUGGAUCUGCCUCAGAUACCAUGGUCUGAAGAUGAGGACAUCGAUAACAUGGAUCUCGACUAUCAAUACUCGAGCGCUGGACACGGUCUCGAAGUCACAUAUGGCAUCACACCAACCCUUGCUCAUCUCAUGCGCCUGAUGGUUCUGAGGGCCCAGAAUAUCUCAUACUAUGCGUCAAACGCGAUCCCACUUCCCUUGGCUCUGGUCUCCGCUUGCAGGAAACUCUCUGAUGCGCUGGAUCAAUGGUCGUUAGAAUCGGAGUUGCUGUCGUUUCUGUUUCCCUCAGAGUCGGACACUCUCGAGUCCAGUAUUCCAUUUCAACUGGCGAAGAACCAUGUCCUCGCUUUCGCAUACAGCUUGCGCGUGUACUAUCACACACGCAUCCUGCCAUGCUCCCAAUCAGAGAUGGCACAGUAUGUGCAACUUGUCGCGCAGCAAUUAAUAGUCCUGGAAGAUAUUAAAGCGGGGGCAGGUUAUGACACCAAUUUUGCGGCCACAAUUACCUGGCCUGGCUUCAUCGCUUCUUGUGAAGCAGAAAGUGGCGAUGCGCGUGAGGUUUGGUACCGUUGGUGGAACCGGAUGCUCAAGCACCGGAUAGGCAACAUUACCUCACUUUGGGAAGUUGUUCAGCAGGCUUGGGCUUUGAAAGACGAUGAGGGUUCGACUGAGGUGCCGGGUUGGAUGCCAGUCUUGCGCCGCACAGGGAGGAGAAUCCUCGCCAUAUGA